CACUGAAGGGCUCUAAUAGGCAGCACUGAAGGGCAUGGAUAGGCAGCACUGAAGGGCACUGAUAGGUGGCACUGAUAGGUGGCACUGAUUGGCAGCACUGAUGGCCACUGAUGGAAACUGUUUGGCAUUAAUAGGCAGCACUGAUGGGCACUUGCUGUGGCUGCACUGAUAAUCAAGGCACUGAUAAUCAGUGCCCAGAUUAUCAGUGUAGCUGUCUUCUUUCACACUUGCUUGAUAUCAGCACUGAUCACAUGGUAAACGGCUGCUAUGAUUGG